AUGGAGAUGCAUGAAGGCGAGGGUGGCAACCAUUCUGGCGGACGCGCACUCGCUCUUAAAAUCAAAAAGGAUGGUCACUACUGGCCUACCAUGAUGGCCGAUUGCGAAACUUUCGCGGCCAAAUGCGAAGCUUGUCAGUGCCAUGGACCAAUGCGGCACGUCCCGCCCGAACUGCUAAAUACCGUGACAGCUCCAUAUCCUUUUAUGCGCUGGGCCAUGGACGCCAUAGGACCUUUGUCGGCGUCCAAAUCCAAGAAGUAUGUCCUGGUGCUGACCGAUUACUUCACCAAGUGGGUGGAGGCAGAAUCUUUCACGAGGAUCCAAUCCUUAGACGUGACCAACUUCAUCUGGAAGAACAUCAUAUGUCGCCACGGACUUCCAUACGAGAUUGUCACUGACAACGGCACCCAAUUCACCUCAAUGAUCACCAGACGCUUCCUGUCGAACUGGCAAAUCCGUCUCAGUACUUUGACUCCUCGGUACCCGCAAGGUAAUGGUCAAGCUGAAGCCACGAAUAAGUCGAUCGUCGACGGACUCAAGAAACGACUCGGUCGAAGGAAGGGAGCAUGGGCAGACCACUUGGACGGUGUACUAUGGUCAUAUCGCACGACCCCGCGGCGAAGCACGGGACAGUCCCCCUUCUCUCUCGCAUAUGGUCUCGAAGCAUUUGCCACGGCCGAAGCAGGAGUCCCGACACUUCGUCGUACUAUGAUGGUCGAUAAUCCCGAACUCAAUGACAAAAUGCUGAUCGACCACAACGACCUUGCCGAAGAGUUGCGCGAUAAAGCUCUAGUUCGAGUGCAACACUACCAAGACGCAGCGGCUCGAUACUAUAAUAAGACUGUUCGUCAGCGGCGUUUCAACAAAGGCGAUCUAGUUCUGUGA